UAUACCUCCUCCUCUCUGCUGUGAUUCUUUGGGAAUACGACUCAUCAUACCCGUGUUUUAAUGUCACGUCAGGACAGACGGUUAAAUGGAGAUCUCGCAAAAACUCCGUUGGGACCGAGUCCUGAUUUUGGCAGCACUUAUGUCACCUGCAAUCACGGUGCUGUGCAAUGACAUACUGGGCCUGAAGGUGGCAGGCGACCCGGUUCUGACCCCUAACUCUGUGUGCCUGCGACUGGCUGGCCUGAGUAAGCGCCAGAUGCGCCUGUGUGUGCGCAGCCCGGAUGUGACGGCGUCUGCCUUGCAGGGUAUCCAGGUGGCAAUUCAUGAGUGUCAGCAUCAGCUGAGAGACCAGCGCUGGAACUGCUCUUCGCUGGAGGGCCAGGGCAAGCUUCCCCACCAUAGCGCCAUCCUCAAUAGGGGUUUUCGUGAGAGCGCUUUCUCCCUGUCCCUGCUGGCUGCAGGGGUGGCUCAUUCCGUGGCCUCGGCCUGCAGCUUAGGCAAGCUGAGUGGCUGCGGCUGUGAGGCCAAGCGUCGAUUGGAUGACGACAAGAUCCGCAUCAAACUCACACAGCUUCAGAUUCAGACCCUUCAAAGGGGAGAAGCCAGCAUGGGAGUGGCACAGGCAUCUAAAUUCAGCGGUCGUCGAGGGGAGCAGCCCACCAGACGACACUCCGGCCACCCCUCUGCCCUCCUCAAACCCCUCUCGGAUGAACUCAGCUCACUGCAAGAGACCUGGGAGUGGGGCGGGUGUAGCCACGAUGCUCGCUUCGGCGAGCGCUUCUCUAGAGAUUGGCUAGACUCUAGGGGGUCUCCACGGGACAUUCACGCCCGCAUGAGGAUACAUAACAAUCGAGUUGGCAGACAGUUGGUGGCUGUGAACAUGAAGAGAAAGUGUAAGUGCCAUGGUACAUCAGGCAGCUGCCAGUUCAAGACUUGCUGGUAUGUCUCCCCUGAGUUCCGCCUGGUUGGAUCCCUCCUCCGGGAAAAGUUCCUGUCCGCAAUAUUCAUCAAUUCCCAGAACAAGAACAACGGUGUCUUCAACCCCCGAGCCAUGAACAGCAAUGAGAACCGGGCCGGUGGGGCGGGGGGGCUCAACAGCGGCGGCCGGCGAAGGAGUGUCUCCCAGGAGCUGGUCUACUUUGAGAAAUCACCGGACUUCUGUGAAAGAGAGCCGUCACUGGACUCAUUGGGCACGCAGGGGCGUAUCUGUAACAAAACCAGCCAGAGCAUGGACAGUUGCAGCUCGCUGUGCUGCGGCAGGGGACACAACAUUCUGAAGCAGACACGCAGCGAGCGAUGCCACUGCCGUUUCCACUGGUGCUGCUAUGUGCUCUGCGAGGAGUGCCGAGUCACAGAGUGGGUCAAUGUGUGCAAGUAAACCACUCAUCCACCCCCCACCCAGAAUUCUGUGUUAGGUGGUUCUUGAGCUCAAAUCACUGCCUUCCCCCAACCAAUCUGACUUGACACAUGCACCUUGCUGCAUCCAUGAGGAGGUAAGGUGCAAGUAGAGUAAGACAGCCAGUAUCCUGUUUUAGUCCCUCCAGGACUUUUGAAUCCUGACGU